GUAAAUCAAUGUGCACAUGCUGUUAGCGGCUGUCUUUGAGGCCUCCUUUGGGAUGUGCAACUACUAUUCACCUUAUCUUAGGCGCCGCCGGACGCUGUUGAAACACAAUGAUGCUGGGCGGUGUGGGAGCUCGUCGCAGAAGGGGCUCUUCACCGAUGGCGCGUUUGACCAACAGCCACAUCAAUAGCCUAGAUGACAGCAUAGCCAUCAUCGGAGAUGGCGUCAUCCGCAGGAGUGCACACUAUGGCUCACAGGCCUCCAAUAAACGGCGACGAGCCGUUCCAGGACCUGGAAAUGACCAGGAGAGCUUUGCCCUUGUCCAGUCUCGUCCCAAUCUAGGCGAUAUCAUGUUGGAAGCGGCUCAGGAAGCAGUGCUAGCAGGGCAUCAACAGGACUCCUUAGGCGGGGGGCACUUGGGUCGAAAGGGAGCCCAUCGCUUAGCUGAUAGAAUGGGUGGCCCGAAAAAAGAGGAAAACCCACCAGGUGGUGGUCCGACGUCAUUGUUUAUCCUAACCGAGGAUAACCCAAUUAGAAAGUACACACGAUUCAUCAUUGAAUGGCCGCCCUUUGAAUACGCUGUGUUAUUGACAAUCAUAGCCAACUGUGUUGUGUUGGCGCUGGAGGAGCACUUGCCGGGUGGCGACAAGACAGUAUUGGCUCAAAAAUUGGAAAAAACGGAGGCCUAUUUUUUAUGCAUUUUCUGUGUAGAAGCAUCGCUCAAGAUCCUCGCCCUAGGGCUUGUUCUGCAUAAACACUCCUAUCUCAGGAAUAUUUGGAACAUCAUGGAUUUUUUCGUUGUAGUGACGGGAUUCAUGACACAGUACCCACAAAUAGGGCCCGAGGUAGACCUAAGAACACUUAGAGCCAUUCGUGUGCUACGGCCCUUAAAAUUAGUGUCUGGAAUUCCUAGUUUACAAGUAGUUUUAAAAUCUAUAAUCAAGGCGAUGGCACCUUUACUGCAAAUCGGUCUCUUGGUGUUGUUUGCAAUCGUAAUAUUUGCAAUCAUUGGACUCGAGUUUUAUUCGGGCGCACUGCAUAAGACUUGUUAUAGCUUAGAAGAUCCAAAUAAACUAGUGAAGGAGGGCGAAUCAGAGACACCCUGCAACACGGACAACAGCACAGAGAAGGCAGGCGGCUCCUUUGUAUGCAACAACACCACAAGCAUGUGUCUGGAAAAAUGGGAUGGACCAAAUUCAGGCAUAACGAGUUUCGAUAAUAUUGGAUUCGCCAUGUUGACCGUAUUCCAAUGCAUCACAAUGGAGGGCUGGACGUCAAUACUCUAUUGGACCAACGACGCAUUAGGUUCAACAUUUAAUUGGAUAUAUUUCGUGCCUCUUAUAGUUAUAGGCUCAUUUUUUAUGCUCAACUUAGUUCUUGGUGUCUUGAGUGGUGAAUUCGCAAAAGAACGAGAAAAAGUAGAAAAUAGACAAGAGUUUCUUAAACUUAGAAGGCAGCAGCAACUAGAAAGAGAGUUAAACGGCUAUGUUGAAUGGAUUUGUAAAGCUGAGGAAGUGAUACUAGCCGAAGAGCGAACAACAGAGGAGGAGAAAAUGCACAUAAUGGAGGCACGAAGACGUAACGCAGCCAAGCGGAAAAAGCUGAAAAGUUUGGGCAAAUCUAAAUCUACAGACACUGAAGAGGAGGAGGCCGAGGAGGACUAUGGCGAUGAUGGUUAUCUGAAAACUCGCUCGAAACCUCAAGGCAGUUGUACGGGAUUCUGGAGAGCGGAGAAAAGAUUUCGCUUCUGGAUUCGUCACACAGUGAAGACGCAGUGGUUCUACUGGUUCGUGAUCGUACUCGUCUUUCUGAACACAGUGUGCGUGGCCGUUGAGCACUAUGGCCAGCCCUCGUUCCUCACAGAAUUUCUGUACUAUGCGGAAUUCAUAUUCCUUGGACUCUUCAUGUCGGAGAUGUUCAUCAAGAUGUACGCGCUGGGGCCCCGCAUUUACUUUGAGUCGUCGUUCAACCGUUUUGAUUGUGUUGUCAUUAGUGGUUCGAUAUUCGAGGUGAUCUGGUCCGAGGUCAAGGGCGGCUCGUUCGGUCUGUCCGUGCUGCGUGCAUUGCGACUUCUGCGCAUCUUCAAAGUAACCAAAUACUGGUCAUCGCUGCGCAAUUUAGUCAUCUCACUGCUGAACUCAAUGAGAUCGAUUAUCUCGCUGCUGUUCCUGCUCUUCUUGUUCAUACUGAUAUUUGCACUGCUUGGCAUGCAACUAUUUGGCGGCCAGUUCAAUCUGCCCGGAGGCACGCCCGAGACCAAUUUUAAUACAUUCCCGAUAGCCCUGUUGACCGUAUUCCAAAUUCUCACUGGCGAGGAUUGGAACGAAGUCAUGUACCAGGGCAUCAUAUCGCAAGGUGGUGCACAGAAAGGAAUGAUUUACUCUAUAUACUUUAUCGUUUUGGUACUCUUCGGUAAUUACACGCUCUUAAAUGUUUUCUUGGCUAUCGCCGUUGAUAAUUUGGCGAAUGCACAAGAGUUAACAGCAGCCGAAGAGGAACAAGUCGAAGAGGAUAAAGAGAAACAACUGCAAGAACUUGAAAAGGAAAUGGAGGCCCUUCAGGGCGAUGGUGUCCACGUAGAGAACGGCGAUGGCACAGUGGCCGUAACGAAAGGAAAGAGCAAAAAGAAGGAGGAGGAGAAAAAGGAGGAGGAGGAAGUGACGGAGGGACCGAAGCCAAUGUUGCCAUACUCAUCGAUGUUUAUACUCUCACCAACAAAUCCCAUACGACGCGGCGCCCAUUGGGUUGUUAAUUUGCCAUAUUUUGAUUUCUUCAUUAUGGUCGUCAUCUCAAUGUCAUCAAUAGCAUUAGCAGCCGAAGAUCCCGUUCGUGAGAACUCGAGGCGAAACAAGAUAUUGAAUUACUUUGAUUAUGCAUUUACCGGCGUAUUCACGAUAGAAAUGUUGCUGAAAAUUGUAGACUUGGGUGUGAUACUGCACCCUGGCAGCUAUUUAAGAGAAUUCUGGAAUAUUAUGGAUGCUGUGGUCGUUAUAUGCGCUGCUGUUAGUUUCGGUUUCGAUAUGAGCGGUAGCAGCGCUGGACAAAAUUUAUCGACUAUUAAAUCGCUACGUGUAUUGCGUGUACUCCGGCCAUUGAAGACCAUUAAGCGUGUACCAAAAUUGAAAGCCGUCUUCGAUUGCGUCGUGAACUCAUUGAAAAAUGUUGUUAACAUUCUAAUCGUGUACAUAUUGUUUCAAUUUAUAUUUUCUGUUAUUGGAGUACAAUUGUUCAAUGGAAAAUUUUUUUAUUGUACGGACGAAAGUAAACAUACUUCCGCAGAGUGCCAGGGUUCGUACUUUAAGUACGAGGAGGAUGAAUUGCUGCCUAGACAGGAGCUGAGGGUCUGGAAGCCACGGGCCUUCCACUACGACAACGUUGCGGCCGCGAUGCUGACACUAUUCGCUGUCCAGACCGGCGAGGGAUGGCCACAGGUCUUGCAACACUCAAUGGCUGCCACUUAUGAAGAUAGGGGUCCAAUCCAAAAUUUCCGGAUCGAAAUGUCCAUAUUUUAUAUUGUCUAUUUUAUUGUAUUUCCAUUCUUCUUCGUCAACAUAUUCGUGGCCUUGAUUAUUAUCACAUUUCAAGAGCAAGGCGAAGCUGAGUUACAAGAUGGUGAAAUUGACAAGAACCAGAAAUCCUGCAUUGAUUUUACAAUCGGGGCACGACCACUCGAGCGUUAUAUGCCCAAAAAUCGGAACACAUUCAAGUACAAAGUGUGGCGCAUAGUUGUCUCAACGCCAUUUGAGUACUUUAUAAUGAUGCUGAUCGUGUUCAAUACGCUCCUGCUGAUGAUGAAGUAUCAUAAUCAGGGUGAAAUGUAUGAAAAGUCACUCAAGUACAUCAACAUGGGAUUCACUGGCAUGUUUAGCGUUGAAACUGUGCUCAAGAUCAUUGGAUUCGGUGUCAAGAACUUUUUCAAGGAUCCGUGGAACAUCUUCGAUCUGAUUACCGUGCUGGGCAGCAUUGUGGAUGCUUUGUGGAUGGAAUUUGGGCACGAUGAUUCGAACUCAAUCAACGUCGGCUUCCUGCGUUUGUUUCGUGCGGCGCGUCUUAUCAAACUACUCCGUCAAGGAUACACAAUACGAAUUCUCCUGUGGACAUUUGUACAAUCAUUUAAAGCUCUUCCAUAUGUCUGUUUGCUUAUAGCCAUGCUAUUCUUUAUAUACGCCAUUAUUGGCAUGCAGGUGUUCGGAAAUAUCAAACUAGGUACAGUGGAAAAUUCCAUUACUAGGCACAACAACUUCCAAUCAUUUAUUCAAGGCGUCAUGUUGCUCUUCAGAUGUGCAACGGGCGAGGCAUGGCCAAACAUAAUGCUGGCCUGCCUCAAGGGCAAAGCCUGUGACGAGGACGCCGAGAAGGCCCCGGGCGAGUACUGCGGAUCAACGCUGGCCUAUGCCUACUUCGUAUCGUUUAUAUUCUUUUGUUCGUUUCUAAUGUUGAAUCUGUUCGUCGCCGUCAUCAUGGAUAAUUUUGAUUAUCUCACAAGGGACUCCAGUAUAUUGGGUGCUCAUCACUUAGACGAAUUUGUGCGCAUAUGGGCGGAAUAUGAUCCAAAUGCGACUGGUAAAAUACACUACACGGAAAUGUACGACAUGCUUAAGAAUAUGGAUCCACCGCUGGGAUUUGGUAACAAGUGUCCCAAUCGGCUGGCCUACAAGAAACUGAUCAGAAUGAAUAUGCCGCUGGACGAUGAGCUGAGAGUCCAGUUUACCACAACGUUGUUCGCUUUGAUUCGGGAGAAUCUAAGCAUUAAAAUGCGAGCGCCUGAGGAAAUGGACCAGGCGGACAUGGAACUCAGGGAAACCAUUACGAACAUUUGGCCACUGCAGGCGAAGAAGAUGCUGAAUCUGCUGGUGCCACCGCUCGAUCAGCUGAAUAAGGGGAAGCUUUCAGUUGGUAAAAUCUACGCUGGGUUCCUCAUACUGGAGUCCUGGCGUAACACGAGGUUCGGCCAGAUUGAUUCGGGCAUGCCGCGGAAGAAGCCGGAAGACGACGACGAGCGUAAAUAUAGCCCAACGGCCGUCCAGGAGCCGAAACAAUCAUUCUUUAACUGCCUGCUCGAUAUGGCCGCCCUCGACAAAGGAGGAUCGCGUCAGAAUUCCAUAAGCUUCGAGGCGAAUGGGGAAGGAGCCGCCAACUCACAGACACAUUUGUUAGCGAGCACGCACCAUCACCACCACGCAAACGGUGAUGCCGAACACAACAGUUUGGCAACACUAGCACGGCGGAGUACGAUCAGAAAGCGGUCAGUUAGAAACAAAAAGGUGAAUAAGUUUGAUAAACUCCAAGCGAUGCUGGAGCUACAAGAUGCGUCUAGACGUCCAUCGCAGGAGUCGCUUACCGGUGCCGAUGCUGGCCAUUUACAUCCUGGACAUUCGUACAUGAACGGCCAUAGGCGAUCUCCUAGUUUGAGGCACAAUGGCUCACCUCUUGCCAGAUCUCCAAGUCCUCGACGACGUGGCCAUCAAUAUAUACAUCAUGAUAUCGGGUUCUCCGAUACCGUAUCUAAUGUUGUAGAGAUGGUCAAGGAGACUCGUCAUCCUAGGCAUGGCAACAGCCACCCGCGGUAUCCAAGAGGUUCAUGGUCAGCAUCGACAAGUCCGGCCCGUUCGCCUUCGCCUUCUCGUUAUGGUGGUCAUUUGUCUCGCAGUAAACGCACUCAACUGCCUUAUCCCACAUAUGGGACAACAAGUCUAUGUCAAAGGUCACGAUCGCCGAGUCCCGCUCGACUUCAGGAGAUGCGUGAACGAGACAGACUUGGUUAUGGGAUUGAUAUGGGUGGCACGCAUGUGCAGCAUAGCUACCCAACGCUAGCCUCCCGUCGUGCUGGAAUUGGACGACGCCUACCACCGACUCCAAGCAAACCGUCAACACUGCAGCUCAAGCCAACCAACAUUAACUUCCCCAAGCUGAAUGCGAGUCCAACUCACACGCACCACUCAACGCCCCACAGUGUUCACUCUCUGCCGCAUCAUCGUGACCUGCUGCGGGACCCUCGAGAUAUGUAUUAUAGUAGUAGAGACCGCGAGCGUGAUCGCGAACGCCUUAGGGAUCGGAAUCGGGAUCGCCUGCACGAGUAUGACCUGCGCUUCGAGUACAGAGAUCGGGAGCGUGAGUUGUAUGAGCGGGAGCGUGAUCGCGAAAGGGAGGUGGAAAGAGAAAGACUGGAAUAUAUAGCACCGCUGUCGUUUGAGCAGGCGUUGGCUAUGGGCCGAACAGGUCGUGUACUGCCAUCUCCAGUUCUAAAUGGUUUUAAGCCAAAGAGCGGACUUAAUACACGACAUUCCGAUUCCGACGAGGAGGACUGGUGCUAGCAAAGGCUUUGAUUGCGAUCGCGUAAUCGAAAGGAUCAGAUCUGGGUAUAACAUCAGGCCAUAUGCUCAUCGUAUUCAGCACCAAAUUUAGAUCACAAUUUUGAUACGAUACGACGCAUAAAUCAACAACACCAAAACCAACACUUACACCAACACUUGAACCAACAACUACUCCGACAAACACCAAUCAAUCAUCGGUAUGUAGAUGUACCAAGAUCCACUUUAACACUAACCCACACCACACUAACACCAGAUGUCAAGAAAUUGGCUGAAGACGUAGAAAGCUUACACAAAGAAUCAACAAACCCAAAUCGACAACCGCAAUCGCAACGAGCAAUGGAUGAACAGAAAAUGCAACAACUAUUAGUAUCACAACAACAACCACAACAACAACAACAUCAGCAACAUGAAUGGCUACCAUGCUGCCACAAGCCGUACGAAUCCUCACUGAUGGCAAUCUCAUUGCCGGAAACAAGAACAACCUCGCCCCACUUUGAGUAUGAAGAAUUCAUAGGAAAUAUACCAAGGACUAGGCCUAGAACAACAACAGCAAUCGACAACACUGCAACAACAACGCCAAGAACAACAAGGCAACAUGAAAAUGAAGCAAUGAUAUUAAGUGUACCAAUUAUAAUAACAACACCAGUAGCUAUUAAAAAGAUCUAUUCGGAUAAUGACAUUAAUUAUAAUGCUAUAUUCGAUGUACAUGAUGAUUGGAUAGAAACAGCAGGAGCAGCAUCUGCUGUCCAUCAUUAUCACACGCCAGAAGAACAGCCACAGCAAUCACAGCAGCAGCAGCAGCAGCCGCAGCAGUCGCAUUCGCAUUCGCAGCAACAUCACCCGCACCAUCCGCUGUAUUCGUAUCACACGCUAUAAGGAAAAGGGGUUGUUGAUGAUGAUGAUGAUGAUGAUGAUGAACAGGAGCCAGAACCAGAAACCGCUGAAAGUGUAACUUUAAUUGUAACUGAAACUGAAAUGAGAUGUAAAAAGUACGAGAGAUCAAGGAAUAUGAAAAUAGGAGAUCGCUAAGAGGAGUAAGAGGAGGUUAGGGAAGAUGAAUAAGAGUAUAUAAAUAGGUAUAGGAAUAGCAAAAAACUCAAUGUCAGAUAUGAAUGAUAAUGAUAUGAUGAUAUGAUAUGAUAGAGUGUAUUUUAUUGUACUAAAUUGCCUAAGAGAAAAACAACCAGCAAAAGGGAACUAUAUUUCAAAA